CGAAGCGCGCAUGCGCAGCUCUCGCCUGUGUCGCUGUCCGCUGCUGUGGUGCUGCUCUAGUACUGCUGCGUGGACCUCUUCCGAGCGGAAUCACCUAACGCAAACAUGGCGACCCGGGUUGUAAUAUUUUUCAAGACGAUGCAAGCGGCUCGAUGCCCGACAGAUGAGCUGUCACUGACGAACUGUGCAGUUGUGAGUGAGAAAGACCUGCAGUCUGGACAGCAUGUUACUGUGAGGACAACACCCGCCCACAAGUUUGUGUUCACAGUGAAGUGUCACCACUCAGUGCUUCCUGGAACCAUCGCUUUCAGUUUGCCACAGAGGAAAUGGGCAGGCCUGUCCAUCGGACAAGAAAUAGAAGUGGCCAACUACAACUAUGACAAAUCCAAGCAGUGCAUUGGUGCCAUGACCAUUGAGAUUGACUUCCUGCAGAAGAAGAGCACUGACUCCAAUCCCUACGACUCAGAUAAAAUGGCUGCUGAGUUUAUUCAGCAUUUCAACAAUCAGGGUUUCACUGUGGGGCAGCAGCUGGUCUUCAGUUUCUGUGACAAGCUCUUUGGCCUAUUUAUCAAGGACAUUGAGGCGAUGGACUCCAGCAUUCUGAAGGGCGAACCAGAAUCUGGCAAAAAGCAAAAGAUUGAAAUCGGUCUGUUGGUUGGAAACAGUCAAGUGAUUUUUGAAAAAUCAGAGAGCUCGUCUCUUACUCUAGUUGGUAAGGCCAAGACCAAAGAAGCCCGUCAGACGAUCAUUAACCCUGAGUGGAACUUUGAGAAAAUGGGCAUCGGUGGUCUAGACAAGGAGUUCUCCGAUAUCUUCCGCAGGGCUUUUGCCUCUCGAGUUUUCCCGCCAGACAUUGUGGAGCAGAUGGGUUGUAAGCAUGUGAAAGGCAUCCUGCUCUUUGGUCCUCCUGGCUGUGGUAAAACACUGAUGGCCAGGCAGAUCGGUAAGAUGCUGAACGCCAGAGAACCAAAGAUAGUCAACGGACCAGAGAUCCUCAACAAGUACGUUGGUGAAUCUGAGGCCAAUAUUAGGAAACUGUUCGCAGAUGCUGAGGAGGAACAGAAAAGGUUGGGUGCUAACAGUGGCCUGCAUAUCAUCAUCUUUGAUGAACUGGAUGCUAUCUGUAAGCAGCGUGGUACAAGUUCCGGCAGCACAGGUGUGCACGACACUGUGGUCAACCAGCUCCUGUCCAAGAUCGAUGGAGUGGAGCAGCUCAACAACAUCCUUGUCAUCGGCAUGACUAACAGGCCUGACCUGAUAGAUGACGCUUUGAUGAGACCUGGACGAUUUGAAGUAAAGAUGGAAAUUGGUUUGCCAGAUGAAAAGGGCCGUGUUCAGAUCCUGAACAUUCACACAGCUAAGAUGAAAGAGUUUAACCUCCUGUCUGGUGAUGUGGAUGUUAAAGAACUGGCUGCUGAGACCAAGAACUACAGUGGAGCUGAACUGGAGGGCCUGGUCAGAGCUGCCCAGUCUACUGCCAUGAACCGCCACAUUAAGGCCACAUCUACUGUAGAGGUGGACAUGGAGCGAGCAGAAAAGCUGCAAGUCACUCGAACAGAUUUCAUGGCGUCCUUAAAUAACGACAUUAAACCUGCUUUUGGCACCAACCAGGAAGACUAUUCCUGUUACAUCAUGAACGGUAUCAUUAAGUGGGGUGAUCCAGUGACCCGAGUGCUGGAGGACGGAGAGCUGCUGGUGCAGCAGACUAAGAACAGUGACCGCACCCCACUCGUGUCUGUGCUUCUUGAGGGACCUCCUCACAGUGGAAAGACAGCUCUGGCCGCCAAAAUCUCAGAGGACUCGCAGUUCCCAUUCAUUAAGAUCUGCUCUCCAGACAAGAUGAUUGGCCACUCAGAGAUCUCCAAAUGCCAGGCAAUCAAGAAGGUCUUUGACGAUGCUUACAAGUCUCAGCUGAGCUGUGUUGUGGUUGAUGACAUUGAGCGUCUGUUAGAUUACGUGCCGAUUGGUCCUCGAUUCUCCAACCUGGUUCUUCAGGCCCUGCUGGUUUUGCUGAAGAAGACUCCACCUCAUGGCCGUAAGUUGCUGAUCAUCGGUACCACCAGCCGUAAAGACGUGCUGCAGGAGAUGGAGAUGCUGGAUGCAUUCAGCACCACCAUCCAUGUGCAAAAUAUCUCCAGUGGGGAACAUCUGGUUGAAGCUCUAGAGCUCCUGGGCAGCUUCACAGAUGCUGAGAGAACCACCAUUGCCCAGAAUGUGAAAGGAAAAAGAGUGUGGAUUGGCAUUAAAAAGCUUCUCAUGCUUAUUGAGAUGUCUCUACAGAUGGAUCAGGCGUACAGAGUCAGCAAGUUCCUCUCUCUACUCAAAGACGAGGGAGCGCUGGAUGAAAACAAUCACAUCCGAAUUUAACACUGCUGGUGAAAACUGAUGAGAUCGUGGUUUCUACGAGUAACAGAAGACAGGAGAGAGGGAUGCCCACACUGUUCCUCCUAACUGCAUGUUCCCCUGGCAACUAUGAGCAAACUCCACCCAAACAACACCCUCACAAUACAGAUAACCUGGCGGAGGUCAUACAGCCAUCCCUCAUAUCAAACCAAUAGCAAAUAUCGUCUUGUGCUUUGUGUAAUAUUUCUGUACUCUGUUUGUUUACAUGAAUAUCCAUUUCAAUCUACUCAAAGCCAUGAAGAUGUAAAAAUCUGAUUAAAAAACAUGUAUAUAUGCUGCUGGAUGCAAAACAUAUAUAGCUUAUCUAUAUCAUGCAAUUUAUGAAUCUCUAAGUUGGAUAUAAGAAAGCUGUUGGUGUAAGUGAAGAUGAGCCGUGUUGUCCGUAGUGUGCAUACGCUGAACCCUUCCUUUGUGAUUGUGUUGUGGUAACACAAGAAAACAAUAUAGAUCACAGUGUUACUUGAUAUUGUACAUAGGUUCAAAAGAUGAUAAUUUGAUUUGUUUCAUUUGUUUCAGUUUUAUGUAGAUUCGGUUUACAGUGUUAGAGCUGUUAAUAUAUAGUAUAUCUAUGUGAACUAGUGUUGCAGAAGCCAGCACAUUGAGAACAACCUUGAUCAGUUGAUUGAUAAUCUGUGGUCUCUACAUGAGUGUCUGUUGGUGUGUGUGUGUGUGUGUGUGUGUGUGUGUGUGUGUGUGUGUGUGUUUGAUUGAGUGCAUCAACAAAUGGCUACAGAUCAGCUUUAGAGUGAACUAAUUUGUGUGGCUGUAUUUAUCUGUGUAAGUGUAGUGCGUGUAGAUAUUGUUUUUAUGUUGUUUUAGGUAUUUAUUUUUUGCCUGCCCAUUAAUUUAUGGUUUCUGUGACCAGUGUUCAAUGUCCAGAGCUCUUUGAUCUGUUAUGACUAUUGGAGAUGUGCGGCCCAGAUGCAAAAUUGUGUUACUGCAAUAAAAAAAGGCUCUCUCA